AUGCAAAUAUUCGGUCUUGUUUACGAAGAGGUAAAACCUGUUCCUUUACAGAAUGUCAAGGUUGAAGCAAAUGUUGUUGACAUGAUUGCGGAGGUUAUUAUUCAGCAAACCUAUAAAAAUGUUGAAAAUAAUUUAAUCGAAGCCGUAUACAAGUUUCCUAUUUACGAGGCCGCAGCAAUUUGUGGUUUCGAAGCUGAGAUUGAUGGGCGCAGAACAAUCAAGGGAAUAGUGAAAGAAUCUAAAGAAGCUGUUAAAGAGUAUGAAGAAGCCAUUAAACAAGGUCAUGGCGCCUAUUUAUUGGAGGAAAAACUUGCCGAUGUGUUCCAAUGCACCGUCGGAAACAUCGCCUCUGACCAGACUGUGGUGAUCAAAAUCACAUACGUCACAGAACUCAAACAUGAUGCUGAUUCUGAACAAAUACGAUUUGUCUUACCUACCGCCAUUGCCCCGAGAUAUGGUUCAUCACAGGGUGACAAUACAUCCAUCCAAGAAUCAAUAUCUUAUUCGAGUUCAACCAGUUAUCAUCUUGACCUUAACGUAACAUGCAGGAUGACUUCAUCCAUUCAGGCAAUCGAGUCUCCUUCACAUCAUGUUUCUACUGAAGUUAAUAUUGAUGGAGAUCCUAAAGUUGCAAAGAUUACAUUGGCCGAAGAUGUAACUUAUUUAGAAAAGGACUUUAUAUUGGUUGUUAAAAGUUUGGAUCUUGAUGUGCCAAGAGCGUUCGUCGAAUAUAACUCUACAACCGAAACCAAUUGUGUUAUGCUUACUUUGGUUCCCAAAUUUGCGCUUAAUGAAACCUUGGUAGAAUUAAUAUUUGUUAUAGAUAGAUCAGGGUCAAUGGAAGGCGAACCUAUUCAAAAAGCAGCCCAAACUCUUCAAUUAUUGCUUAGAUCUCUUCCAGAAGGCUGCUAUUUUAAUGUGGUGUCGUUUGGUUCUCGUCACGAUUCAUUGUUCCCGCAAAGUCAACUUUAUUCCGAGGUCACCCUUACUCGUGCUCUCGAUCCUGGACGCCAAUUAUGGUUUGACAUGCAAACAUCUGUUUUCCUUCUUACUGACGGUGAAGUUUGGAACGUUGAGACAUUGGUGGAACUUAUUCGCACCAAUGUUGAGCAAAAGAAGGAUAACCUUAGAUUGUUUUCUAUUGGAAUUGGCAAUUCUGUAUCUCAUAAUCUUGUCGAAUCUGUUGCACGCGCUGGAAAAGGUUAUGCUCAGCAUGUAACCAUUAGUGAGCGCAUGGAUAAAAAAAUUAUUGGUAUGAUAAGGAAUGCCAUCAAGCCUCCUGUUAAGGAUUACAAGAUUGUCUGGACGGGGAAUGAAUCCGAAUACGAUGAUCUUGAUAAGAAAGAGGCAGAGACAAAACAAACAAUUAGCAUCUUUGACAAAAAUCCUAGUCCCCCUCCACAGGAUCCCAUAGUUACAGAUGCCAAAACUAAACAAGCACCAUUUGUUAUUCCACCAAUUUAUUCUGGCGUUAGAUUUGUCGUUUAUUGCAUGCUAGCAAAGGGCGUUAUCCCAAAUAAGGAGAUCAUGUUAACCGCACAAUCUCCGGACGGACCUAUGAAACUUAACAUUCCUUUAGACUCAGUAAUGUUACAAGGGUCAAAGAUUCAUACACUUGCCGCCAGGAAACUCAUUCAAGAUCUAGAGGACGGUGCCUCCUUUAUUCACAAGCAUCCAAAGAACAAAGGAAAGCCAAUCUCAGUUUUAGUUGUAGAAGAACAAGUAGUUUAUUUAGGAAUAACAUUUAAUUUAGCAUCGAAAUACACUAGUUUCCUUGCAAUUGAUGAAUGUGGAAAUAAGUCAGUUGGAAAACUGUUUCAUCCUGAGAAGAGAGAAGUGCCUAUACACCAACCAUUUUCUUCAGUCAACAAGAGUUCGUCGCGAGUAGUUUCACAUCAUUCCAGGAGCUUUAAUGCAACACCUAUGUCAGCAAGUUAUAACCUGGUUGGUAAAAGUUCUCUCAUGAGAGUGGCAAGGUCUAUCAAGAAAUCGGAAAUUGAUCGCACGAGUUCAAAGGAAGGGGCUUCACUCUAUAGGUCGUCUGUUUCAUUUGACAUUGAACCUAACGAAGAGAAUGUCGAAGAAUCAAAAACAAAAGGUUAUGAACUCAAGCUCAACUUUAAAGAAUCCAAAAUCGAAGUACUGUACGAGUUUCUUAAAUUUCAGUCCUUUAACGGUGAAUUCAAUAGUGCAAGUUUUUAUCCGUGCUUUGAUAAGAAGGAAGCUAAAGACUUUAAAGAGAUUGGCAUUGAUAACGAAAAAAUUUUGUGCACUGCAUUAGCAAUCGAAUAUUUGGAGGUUGUGAUGUUUGGGCAAUUUAAAGAUGAGUGUGAGAUGUGUUGGGAAAAAGCUAAUAAAGCACUGAGGAAAUUAGUUAAUGAAAAAGAGGUUGACGAUGUUUUGAAAAAAGCCAGAGAUUGGAUUUUAAAGAAUACAGAUUCGUCUCGUUUAUGGAGCUCAUGGGAUUUUGAUAAAGCGAGGAGUCAUCUUAUGGCCAUUCAGCGACAAGAUGGAACGGAUGAAGUUUAUCGAUGA